UGGUGUAAAUCGCCUGUGAUUGGCCGUCAGCCGACGAUGGAUAACGUGGCAUUGGUGUUUCUGCGCAUGCGCAGUGCACUUCUCAUUUCUCACCGGCAGUGUCAAGAUGGUGGCUAUCAGGAUGCAGUUUACACUUUAUUUGGUGUUGCUUUUAAACGUUUACAACAGCUUUGUGUCUGCAUUGUACUUUCAUAUCGGCGAGACGGAGAAGAAAUGUUUCAUAGAAGAAAUACCGGACGAAACCAUGAUUAUAGGAAACUACCGUACACAGCUAUACGACAAGCAGAAAGAUGAGUAUUUGCCUGCAACUCAGGGACUGGGGAUGUUCGUGGAAGUGAAAGAUCCUGAUGAGAAGGUGAUCCUGUCCCGCCAGUAUGGAUCUGAGGGCAGGUUCACAUUCACCUCCCACACACCUGGAGAGCAUCAGAUCUGCUUGCAUUCAAAUUCCUCCAAAUUUGCUCUGUUUGCCGGUGGAAUGCUUCGUGUUCACCUGGAUAUCCAAGUUGGUGAGCAUACAAACAACUAUGCAGAAAUUGCUGCCAAAGACAAGCUCACGGAGUUGCAGCUACGAGUUCGCCAGCUGAUGGAGCAGGUGGAUCAGAUUCAAAAAGAGCAGAACUAUCAAAGGUAUCGUGAGGAACGCUUCAGGCAGACCAGUGAGAGCACCAAUCAGAGGGUUCUGUGGUGGUCCAUUGUCCAGACACUCAUCCUGGUCGCUAUUGGAUUUUGGCAAAUGAGACAUCUCAAGAGCUUCUUUGAGGCCAAGAAAUUAGUAUAGAACUGUGUUUGGGUUUUCGUUUUAAUUGAUACAGUACAAACUAAAUUGAAUAUUACCUGCUUCGUCUGGGGUCAAGACUGCUGAAAAUCCAACAUUCUGUCGGUUCAGGUCCCACCUUAAAUUCUUCUGUUGAAUCCUCCAUUGAGAUUUUUGUCACACUGUUUGCUUCAGUGCCACACCUUUCCGUAAUGUGAAUCUAGUUGUUGUUUAGAUAUACAUUACAGUUUGUUCCAGCCUGUUUGACGGAGAAACCACUGAAAGUAUUUUACUGGAUUCAAAGCAUAAAUUUUGUGGUUGCAUUUUUUUUUUUUUAUAACCCCUUACUUUGUUACAAAAAUAUUUGAAGAUAUGAUGAAGAUAGCAAAUGGAUAAAAAGAAUAACUGUAUCAAGGGCUGUGAGUGUUUUUCUAAAUGACUUUGGAUUAUUUGCUUUAACAUUUACAAUACAAAAAGUUUAUUCUGGUGGCAGGUGUAAAUGUCUUCUGUUGUUUUGUUAUGCAGUACGGUAUUUAAAAAGUUUUUUCAGAAUGAAUGUUUCUACUUUUUUGGUUUUUCUUUUAAAUGUUUUCCUCCAUUUUUAAGAUCAUCUUUGUGAUCAAGGACACCUAGAUCAGAUUAGUAUUAUGCCUUUCGUUUUGAUGGCUACAAUUUGAUGUACUUUAAUUAACUGUUUUUAAGUAUGUGUAUAUGCUUGUGAAAAAUGCAAAAAUCCAAAUAAAUGGCAAAUUGUAGUUAUCAAAAUGUAAAUGGUUGAAAUAUGCUUAAAAGCAGUGUGAAUUUUUUUGUCAUCUUAAUUCCCCAUUUGCUUCUAAUUAUCAUUAAAGAUAAUCUACAGGAUUUUCACAUUUCGAUUAGUUUUCCGUGAGAUAAAUCCCAUAUUGCACAAACUUUCUAAAUUUUCCAGAUAUAUCUUUUUCUGUUGUCAAAUCCUUAGGUAGAGGUAGCGCUUUUGAUGGUUUUCACCCUUAAGUAGUCCGUACUCUUUCAUAUUUAUUUUUCUUUACAAAAUUAAAAACAGACUGCCCGCAAUACACUGUAAAAUGUUUUACAAUUAUGUGUUUUGUUUGCUUAAAUUCUACAUGAUGUAGUUGAAUAUUGUGUUUUCUUAGGAUUAUGUUUUUCAGUGUUUUGUCACUGACUUUCAUUGGUCUCACAUUUGUAUGUUAUAAAGGUUUAACAAUG